CACUGCUAGUAGCUAUAGUUCAUACCCAUGUGCUGGUCCUUACCAACCUGUCAAUAUUGUGAUGUUACAAUGGCUUGCGAAGGUAGAGCUGAUCCGUCUUACACUGCUAGUAGCUAUAGUUCAUACCCAUGUGCUGGUCCUUACCAACCUGUCAAUAUUGUGAUGUUACAAUGGCUUGCGAAGGUAGAGCUGAUCCGUCUUACACUGCUAGUAGCUAUAGUUCAUACCCAUGUGCUGGUCCUUACCAACCUGUCAAUAUUGUGAUGUUACAAUGGCUUGCGAAGGUAGAGCUGAUCCGUUUUACACUGCUUGUAGCUAUGUAUUAUAGUGUUCUCGGCACUUGACAUCCUGUCAAUGUUGUGAUGUUUACAGAAACUUGACGAAAGUGUGGCUGAUCUUUCUUACAAUGCUAGUAUGUAUAGAUCAUAGUAUUCACAACUCAUGCCAUCCUGUCAAUAUUGUAAUGUUUACAGGGCAGAGGUGGGGCUGAUCCUUCUUACACUCCUUGUACCUUUAGCACAUGGUAUGAUCGGCCCUUGUCAUCCUGUCACUACUGUGAUGGAUCUCAACGUAAAGAAGUGGCCUGGAGAGAUGUACUACAACUUGAUGACUAACGACCCGGGCCAGCGAUGUUCAUGGGUCUACCGUUACCUCAUCCACGACGAUGAACACGAUAGGGUGCUUCUGGGAGAGGAGUACAGACACAUUGACAAUGGCACAGAGAUAGUAGAGAAUCUAAAGGGCAUGUACGUUGGGAAAGGACACUACAUAUUCACCGAUAAAGACGUUGAAUCUUCUGCGUACGUCCAUUUCUUCAACUUAUAUUACGACCCUCCUCAUCUGGAUUGUCAUUACAUAUGUUCUGACGACCCUGUCUACGAGGACGGCCGAGGAACGUUCGUUUGCAAAAGCAAAUAUCCAGAUGCAGUCAAGAAGUACUCAAGAAAAAUAAUGAAGAUUGCAAAACAAAAUGGGUUUGACCUGAAUGACCUGAUGAUAGUAGACAACUGCAAGUGUGGAAACCUACCGUACAAGUUUGGGUCUAGCACAUGCAAGCGUACAACUGUAGAUAGCUUCUUUUCACCAUACAUAAAGCUUCCCCUGCCCCCACCCGCUGAUGCAGUUAAUGAUACACUGUCCAGUUAGUUUAUGCUCACGUGUCUUGUACAGUUAUUCAGACAAAUAAAUAGUUUAAAAGUA